AUGCAAAUUUUUGUCAAAACACUUACGGGCAAGACCAUUACGCUCGAAGUGGAGUCUUCGGACACCAUUGAGAAUGUGAAGCAGAAAAUCCAAGACAAGGAAGGAAUUCCUCCAGACCAGCAGCGCCUGAUUUUUGCAGGCAAACAGCUUGAGGAUGGAAGAACACUCUCUGAUUAUAAUAUUCAGAAGGAGUCCACGCUCCAUCUUGUGCUUCGUCUUCGCGGAGGAGCCAUCGAGCCCAGUCAGCGUCUGCUUGCCGAGAAAUACAAGGUUGAUAAGAAAGUCUGCCGAAAGUGCUAUGCGCGACUCCCAUUAAGAGCCGUCAAUUGUCGAAAGAAGAAAUGCGGUCAUUCCAACCAGUUGAGAUUAAAGAAGAAGAUCAAGGACAAGUCCAAGUAG